AUGGCUACGGCCGCUGCCAGCGUCUACCCCUCCUUGGAGAAUCGCCCUCUCAAGGGCACUGUUGUCCUGUUCGAUGUCGAUAAGACUUUAUCACCUGCUCGGGGGACUGCAUCCCCCGAAAUGUUGACCCUCCUCUCCAAACUCCGCCAUAAAUGCGCCAUUGGAUAUGUUGGCGGCUCAGACUUCUCAAAACAACAAGAACAACUCGGCUCCUCCACCGUAUCCGUCACCUCACUCUUCGAUUUCUGCUUUUCAGAAAACGGUCUCAAUGCCUUCCGUCUCGGAAAACCGCUCGCCAGCACCAGCUUUAUUCAGUGGCUUGGUGAGGAGAAAUAUCAGAAUAUGGCCAAUUUUCUUUUGAAGUAUCUCUCCGAAGUUAAGUUGCCCAGGAAGAGGGGUACUUUCAUUGAGUUCCGUACUGGGUUGAUUAAUGUUAGUCCCAUUGGGAGAAAUGCUUCUGUUGAGGAGAGGAAUGAAUUCGAAGAGUAUGACAAGGUUCACAACAUCAGGAAAGAUCUUGUAGAAGCUCUCAAAAAGGAAUUCCCUGAUUAUGGUUUGACAUACUCAAUCGGCGGACAAAUCUCAUUCGAUGUCUUCCCCACUGGAUGGGACAAGACCUACUGUCUCCGCCACAUCGAGGCAGAGAAGGAUAUUACGGGAAUUGAAUACAAAAAUAUUCACUUCUUUGGCGACAAGUGCUUCCCUGGCGGAAAUGAUUAUGAGAUCUAUACUGAUCCUAGGACGAUUGGUCAUUCUGUCACCGGUCCCGAUGAUACUAUGAAGCAACUGAAGGAGUUGUUCCAGCUGUGA